GUAGCUGAUCAGCGGGCCGGAGGAGAAGAAGAGGGAGAGGGAGGGAGAGCGGCAUAAACAACCUUCCGUUGUUGAAGAAGACUCGAAGAGGGUUGAAACGUUUCCACAGAUCCCUAACCAUGCUGUCUUCUGUGAUUUCUCUGCUCUCCUCGCAGUUGCUAUUGCUUCAAACUCAUAAUCCUCCGGCUUUGCCUUCCAUUCCCACAGGCCACGAAGCAAGCACCGCCAUUGUCCGCCCGCGCCUCAAAAUCUUCCACCCACCAUCUAAUUCCUGCAUCUUCAGGCUGCGCUACGAGGAUCCCCUGAUCCUCGCGCCAUGCGAACAGAGCGAUUCAUGGAAAUACACUCCGCAGAAGUUCUUGAAUAUCACCGGAACAUACUUCUGCCUGAAAGCGGUCGGACCCAAUCUCCCCGCCAUACUCAGCAUUGCGUGCGACGAAUCGGAUUCCCAAUGGAUUCCGGUGUCGGGAUCGCAGACGACUCAUCUCUCGACGCAGAUGAAGGACGGAUCUGUGCUCUGUUUGGAUGUUGACGAGGACGGCACCAUUGUCACCAACCGUUGCAGAGGUUUCAGCGGUGACGCUGAAGCUGCCGGUGGUGACAGCCAGUGGUUUCAGAUUCGUUCCUUCAGCUAAAACCAAGAUUUUGUGGUUGAGACAACCGUUUGUUUACGUUUGAUUUGAAAUUGCCCCUUAAGAAAAAGAUAUUGAGUAUGACUCCGAAAGUAAAAUUAUGUUCGGAUUGUUAUAGAAAUAUUCCACCAGCGUUAUUUGUGAAAAAUGAAGUAAUAUUGGAAUCUUUCCCCGCGUUACUUGAUUUGGGGUUGUGUUAUUCCAACAAUAACAUAGUAAAAGUUGAAAUAACACGGGAAAUAUGACGAAUAACAUAGCCCCAAAUCAAGUAACGCAGUUGAAUAUUCCAAUAACACCACAAAAUAAUUAAA